CCGAAAAAGCUUCUUGCUAUAAAGGCUUAUUCUACAACUACCUUAGCAUUGGGAUGGAUGCCCAAGUCGCAUAUGGCUUCCACCAUCUACGAGAUGAAAAGCCAUAUCUUGCUCAAGGACCAGUUGCAAAUAAGCAAGAUUGCCCUCAAGAUGGCCAUGGCGCAGAUCAAGCUGCUGCGGAACAAGAAGGAGGUGCAGGUGCGCCAGAUGCGCCGCGAGGUCGCCCAGCUCCUCGACGGAAACCAGGACCAGACCACGCGCAUGAGGGUUGAACAUGUCAUAAGGAAAGAGAAGUUCAUGCAAGCAUACGACCUGAUUGAAGUGUACUGCGAACUUAUAGUGGCACGCUUGUUAUUGCUAAAUGAGCGUAACGUCAUCCAUCUUGCUCGCUGGGCUGUCCCCGUCGGCUCGAUCCCCACAGCCCAAUCACCACCAAGCCGGCCGGCCGCCGCGAGCGGGGAGGAUUGGUUCCCCAUGGCGUCGAAGCAGAUGGAGGAGAUCCAGCGGAAGCUGGCAGUGCUGGCCUACCCGCGCGCCUGGUGCUGA